UAAGGUUAUGGGAACUUGCUGUGAAAAUGUGAUUGGAUAUAUGCCUAUUCCUGUAGGCGUAGCAGGACCACUAUUUUUGGAUAAAAAAGAGUUUUACGUUCCAAUGGCAACAACAGAAGGAUGUCUUGUAGCAAGCACAAAUAGAGGAUGUAGAGCAAUAUGUCUUGGUGGAGGAGCAAGUAGCUGCAUUCUGGCAGAUGGGAUGACUCGAGGACCUGUUGUAAGGCUGCCCACUGCUUGCCAGGCUGCAGAAGUGAAAGUUUGGCUUGAAAGCCCUGAAGGUUUUAAAAUAAUGAAGGAAGCUUUUGACGGCACAAGUAGGUUUGCCCGCCUACAAAAACUUAUCAUCAGUUUGGCUGGUCGUAACCUUUAUAUCCGUUUUCAGUCUGGAACAGGGGAUGCAAUGGGAAUGAAUAUGAUUUCAAAAGGUACUGAAAAAGCACUGGCAAGGUUGAAUGAAGAGUUUCCUGAUCUCCAGGUUAUAGCUAUUAGUGGCAACUAUUGUACAGACAAAAAGCCUGCUGCUAUAAAUUGGAUAGAAGGAAGAGGGAAGUCUGUUGUCUGUGAAGCAGUUGUUCCAGCCAAGGUUGUUAGAGAAGUAUUGAAGACAACUACAGAAGAUAUAGUUGAAGUCAAUAUAAACAAAAAUUUGGUAGGUUCUGCGAUGGCUGGUAGCAUAGGUGGCUACAAUGCACAUGCAGCAAACAUUGUGACAGCUAUCUACAUUGCCUGUGGUCAGGAUGCUGCACAGAACGUGGGCAGCUCUAAUUGCAUCACUUUGAUGGAGCGUACUGGUUUCACUAAUGAAGACCUAUACAUCAGCUGCACAAUGCCUUCUAUAGAAAUAGGAACUGUUGGUGGAGGCACCAACUUGCUUCCGCAGCAGGCCUGUUUGCAGAUGUUAGGGGUUCAAGGUGCAAGCCAAGACAACCCUGGUGAAAAUGCCCGUCAGCUUGCUAAAAUCAUAUGUACUACAGUGAUGGCAGGGGAAUUGUCACUAAUGGCAGCUCUUGCAGCUGGGCAUCUAGUCAAAAGCCACAUGAUUCACAACAGGUCAAAAAUAAAUCUACAAGAUCUUCAAGGAACCUGCAUGAAGAAGGCAGCUUGAAUACUAAAGCAGCUUUGAAAUGAAGAAUUGUUCUAGCAACUGACUAGGUGCAUGGGG